AUGGCGUCUCAUCCGUUCACCCAUGUUGUUGUGCAUGAGAUGCGGCGCCUCUUCCCCGAAGAGCUUGCCGACCGGACGUGGGACAAUGUUGGCCUGCUCCUGGAAAAUUCCCGGCAGCCAACAAGCGCGACCGAAAGCCAGCGCGUGCUGUUGACCAACGACCUAACGCCGGACGUUGUGGAGGAGGCCAUUGCCUACAAUGUGACGGUGAUUGUGGCAUACCACCCCAUCAUCUUCCGUGGCCUCAAGUCCAUCACUCUCCAGGACCCACAGCAGGCGUCGCUGCUCAAGCUCAUGCAAAACAACAUUGCCGUCUACAGCCCACAUACGGCGCUGGAUGCGGGCCAUUUCGGCAUAAACGACUGGCUGGCCGACACGGUGAGCACGGUGGCCAAGUCGCUCGGCGCAACCACGCCGUCGACGACGGUGAUCAAGAGCGUGCGCGAUCGGAUGCCGCCGUCGUACUUGGCCCUAGACCGCGAGGGCAAACCGCUUGACGUGGGCUACGGCCGGCGCAUUCAGUUCAACCAUACGCUACCUGCGGCUGAGGUCAUCAGACGGGCGGUGCGCGAGCUGGGGCUGUCAAUGAGCCAUGUGCUGGUUGCACGGCCGCGGAUACAGCAGGCCAAGUCGGCGUCGCUGACAGACCUGGACGACAUUCACAGUGUGGGCGUGUGCGCGGGGUCUGGGUUCGACAUUUUCCGUGACCAGAUCAACAAGUUCAGCAUGCUGAUCACGGGCGAGGUGAGCCACCACGACGCGCUGUACGCGACAACACGCGGUGUGUGGGUGGUGUGUUUGUUGCAUAGUAACUCGGAGCGGAAGUUCCUGUCAGCGCGGCUGCAGGGUGAGCUGAUGAAGCAGAUCACGCAGUACACAGACUUCAAGGAUGCGGUAGUACUAGUGAGCGAGCGUGACCGGGAUCCGUUUGAGAUCUGGGACCUAGACAACCCACCGACUCAGCGUACCAGCGACCGACCGGAGGCAUUCACCGUAUGA